AUGGUCAGACUCGCUACCACCGUUGUUGCUGCUACCCUUCUUGUUGUUCCCGCCCUUGCUGCGACCCAGCAGUUUGAGCGCGAUGUUUCUGACGACGUCAUCGUCACUCGCGAGGACUUGAUCGACAUCCUUGGCCGUGAUGUCGUUACAGAUCUUGAAGAGCGUGACCCAUUCGGUUUUGGCGCCAUCUUUAAACUAGUCAAAACCGGCGUCAAAUUGGGCAAGGAAGCCCACAAAGCCCACAACCAUGUGCAAAACGCUCAGAACAACAGGAACAACAACAGGAACAACCGCCACCACAGGCGUGCCUUGGAUGAAGAGCUGUCUGCACGCCAGUUCGAGGAAGAGUUUGAUCUAGCAAGCCGUGAGCUCCUCGACGACCUCGAAGAGCGAGCUCCUUUCGGACUUGGUUUUGCUGCCAAACUUGUCAAAAAUGGUAUCCGGGCUGGAAAGGCUGCACACAGAGGUUACGAACACUACCAACAGUACCGCCGUGAGUUCGACGAAGCUAAUCUCCUUGAGAGGGAAUACUAUGACGAUCUGGACUGA